ACUCUUUGGGAGCCCUCCAGCACAGUAUGUGGGAGGUGCCCACCCCGUGCCACACGAGCAGCGCGGGCUCAUGUUGAUCUAAUGCAGGAAUCAGCGGGGACCGUGUGUGGAUAGCGCGAUAUCUCCAGCUGAACGCUGGCGCUCACGUAUUCUGCCAUUAAGCGGCACUUUUUGGAGACCCUGUCCGUUUUAUUCGGAUGCUCGGUUCAGUGAGUGUCUCGCAGUGAGCCCGCAUCACUCUGAGGAAGGGAAGAGACUCGAUGUAUCACAGUAAGUGCGUCUUUAGUUAUCAGCUGUGCAUCGCUCCAUCACACUGAACUCGGGUUUAUAUUGCUUCUCCAUCCGCUCCUCAAACAUUUGUGGAGAAGUGAAGAACGAGAAACCACAGAGAGGACUCCAUACAUUCGUGAUUGGAUGUGAGUUGACUUUGACCGUACCAAAGUGAAGAUGAAGUUGCUAUGGAAACUGCUGGUUCUGCAGUCAUUCCUGGGGUGCCUUACAGGCAACACGCUGCGGAGCCCAGUGUUCUCCAAGCAGCCAGGCAGCAUUGUGUUUCCAGUAGACUCCAUGGAGAAGAACAGAGAGGUGGUUUUCAGCUGUGAGGCGCAAGGUGACCCUCCUCCUUUUUACAGGUGGAAACUAAAUGGCAGUCUGGUCAACCCUAAACCCGGCUCCCAUCACAGCCUCUCUGGAGGCAACCUUCGCAUCAACCAUCUCAAUAAAGAUGAGGACGCUGGGACGUACCAGUGCCUCGCUUCCAACUCCUUCGGGACUAUUGUCAGCAGGGAGGCCAGCCUAACCUUUGCCUACCUGGAAAACUUCAAAACCCACAAGCGGAGUUCUGUGUCUGUCCGGGAAGGGCAAGGAGUGGUGCUUCUCUGCGGGCCGCCCCCUCACUCUGGAGCUUUGACGUUCUCCUGGAUAUUUAAUGAGUACCCGUCAUUUGUGAAGCAGGAUUCUCGUCGAUUCGUGUCCCAGGAGACAGGGAAUCUAUACAUCGCUAAAGUUGAGCCAUCUGAUGUGGGCAACUACACCUGUGUCGUGACUAAUACUGUCACCAAGACACGCGUCCAAGGUCCACCCACUCCUCUGAUACUGCGCACUGACGGUGUUAUGGGAGAAUAUGAGCCAAAGAUUGAAGUGCAGUUUCCAGAGGUCGUUCAAGUGGCCAAAGGUUCAACUGUGCGUCUGGAGUGUUUUGCAUUGGGGAAUCCGGUACCGUCCAUAAGCUGGCGUCGGGUGGACGGAGUCCCUUUCGCUCGUAAAGUGGAUGUAAGGAAAACCAGCGGUGUGAUGGAAAUCCCUUACUUCCAGCAAGAAGAUGCGGGCACGUACGAGUGUGUGGCAGAGAACACGAAAGGAAGAAACUCUGUGCAGGGAAAGCUGUCUUUCUUUGCCUCCCCCCAGCUAAUUGAGAAGCCCCAGGAUGUGCAGAAGGCCAUAGAUGACUCUCUAGUGUGGGAAUGCAAGGCCACAGGGAAACCCAAACCCUCUUACAGGUGGAUGAAGAAUGGAGAGAACCUGGAGCCCACUGAGGAGAGGGUGCAGGUCAUUAAUGGCGCCCUGUCCAUCACUCGCCUGGAGCUUUCCGAUAUUGGAAUGUACCAGUGCGUGGCUGGGAACAAGUAUGGAGAAGUGUACUCCAAUGCUGAACUCAGAGUUAUUGCUAUCGCUCCUGAUUUCUCCCAAAACCAGCUGAAGGGCCUCACUUUAGUGAAAGAAGGUGGCGAUGUUCUCAUUGAAUGCAAGCCCAAGAUGUCUCCUCGAGGCACAAUCUCCUGGCGCAAAGGCAACGACGCCCUCCGAGAAAGCAGCAGAAUUGCUAUAUUGGAGAGUGGAAGCCUUCGGAUAUCCAACACCACCAAAUCAGACGCUGGCACGUACACGUGUGUCGCCCGUAAUCAGUUUGGUGAAGCCAGCAGCUCAGGGAACCUGCUUGUUAAAGAGCCAACGAUCAUUACAACUGCUCCCAACACGCUGGACGUGACCGUCGGCGAGAGCAUCAUUCUUCCAUGCCAGGUGUCCUACGACACCUCAUUGGAGCUCAAGUUCACAUGGUUCUUCAACGAGCAGCUCAUCCACUUCGGCAGCCAUGGAGGAUACUUUGAAAAAGUUGGCGGACAGCACUCAGCAGGUGACAUCAUGAUCCGGAACAUUCAGCUGAGGCAUGCUGGGAAGUACACAUGUGCUGUACAGACCAAGGUGGACAGCAGCUCCAUUGCAACUGACCUAAUUGUCAGAGGUCCCCCCGGCCCCCCUACCAGCAUCCAUGUGGAAGAAAUCACAGAUACCACUGCCACUCUCUCCUGGAGGCCUGGUCCUGAUAAUCACAGUCCAAUUACUGCCUACACCAUCCAGGCUAGAACCCCUUUCUCCCUCGGCUGGCAAGCUGUUAGCACAGUGCCGGAGGUGGUGCGGGGCACGCAUCUGACUGCUACAGUAAUCGAGCUUAACCCCUGGGUGGAGUAUGAGUUCAGAGUUUUGGCAAGCAAUGCGGUGGGCACAGGAGAGCCCAGCAAACCAUCGAAGAAAGCCAGGACGAAAGAAACAGUUCCCAAGGUCACCCCAGCCAACGUGAGCGGAGGAGGUGGCAGUCGAUCAGAGUUAGUCAUCACUUGGGAGCCCGUUCCUGAAGAGCUCCAGAACGGAGGAGGGUUUGGAUACGUCGUUGCUUUCCGGCCCUUUGGCGCCACCGGGUGGAUGCAGGCGGCAGUUCCCUCUCCUGAAGCCUCCAAAUACGUCUUCAAAAACGAGACCAUCUUACCCUUCUCCCCGUUCCAAGUCAAAGUGGGGGUGUACAAUAACAAGGGGGAAGGACCUUUUGGACCCGUGGUCACCAUCUACUCUGCUGAGGAGGAGCCUGGAAGGGCACCCAGUCGACUCAGAGCCAAAAGUCUUUCAGCGUUUGACGUUGAAGUGUCCUGGAAAGCCCUUCCAUGGAGCACGAGCAAGAAACGCGUUCUCGGCUAUGAGUUGAGAUACUGGGAGAAGAAUGACAAAGAAGAUACAGCUAGUGUGCUAAGGACAGUAGGAAACCGGACAAUAGCCAUUAUUCAGGGCUUAAAAGGAAGUAGCACUUACUAUAUAACGGUGAGAGCCUACAAUACAGCAGGAACAGGACCACCUAGUCCAGCGGUCAACGUUACCACCAAAAAACCCCCCCCCAGCCAGCCGCCCUCAAAAGUCAUGUGGAAUACAUCAAACUCAAAGAUUAUUCUCAACUGGGAGCAGGUGAAACCUCUUGAGAAUGAAUCAGAGGUCAUGGGAUAUAAGGUACUGUACAAGCGGAACGGAGUCAGCAGGCCCAACAUUAUGGAGACUAACACCACGUCAGUGGAGCUCUCACUGCCCAUAGAUGAGGAGUACUUCAUCCAGAUCAAGUCUUUUGGAGAAGGAGGGGAAGGCAGCAGCAGCACACAGAUCACCAUUCCCAGAAUAGCAGGUCCCAAUGCCAUCGCCUCGGCUUCCAGUGUCUCCACUCUCUCGGCUCUCAGUACAAUAGCUCUCUCCCUCACAGCCCGCACAUCUUUAUGACAGAACACAGCGCGGGCCGCUGACUUCAGACCACACGUUCUUCCUUGAGAGGAGACUCUGAGAAAAGUGACUCAGACAGAUCGAUGAAAACCCAUUCAUACAAACCAGAGGACCUACGUGAACGAUAAUAGUGGGAUGAAGAGGAAAAGAUUUUUAAAAAACGGGUGUGUUGUUGGCUAGCCAAUUCAAAAGAGAUUGAAGGCUGAUGGGAUUGAAUUUGAUGUUACCAAAGCAGCUUAAAAAAAAAAAAAAAAACUAAUUGAGGAAAAUGUCACAUGCUUCUUUUGUAUGUACGACAUAUCUAGCUUUUUCCUUUUUGUUUGAUCCAGUCGGUCUGUCUGUUCCUAUUACAGUACGCCGAGUGUGUAGGAACCGCUUUAGAUGCAUGUCAUGUACAAUGUUUUGUAAGAGAAUGCAGGUGUCUGAAACGUAAUCAUUUAGAGCAAGACAUAUUUGGCUGAAAACCAACUAAUCAUCAUAAAAUGAGGUGACGAUCCUCUGAGGGUCACACGUGCUUACAAGCAAAGAAUCUCCAAGGACUUCUUACUGUUUACGACACAGGAAUACUUGCACUGAAAUCGCGUCUGGAAGAAAGUAAACAACAAAAACAAAAAAAAAACCAUCCUGACCAGAAACUAGAGAGAAUGCUGCUACAAGGCCAAGGCGGAUGUCUUCUGAAAGCCGCCCGUUGGCGUCUUUGUCACCUCCCUCUUUACUGGUCAGCAGCGAACGGACACCAGGCGUUCACAUUAGCCGUCUCUUUUUCCCGUCAUCUUCCGCUUCUCUGUUUGUGCGUCACGUCUAGAGCUCUUCUUUGCCUUUUGUGUGCCUCAUUGUGUGUUUUUGAAAUCCUCAGGUCCUCAGAAAAGCCUUAAUACAUAUUUCUUAGCGUUACCUACUUAGAUAAGUGCUGGACGCCAGGGCUGUGAGUGGUUAGUCAAGCGAGAUGCUGGGGUUAGUUGGUGUGAGUUUAUUGCUUCCAUGUUCCAUAUAAUAACAGCCGUAUGCUGUUCCUCAUUGUUUCAAGGCAAUACAGUGUGUGUGUGUGUGUGCGUGCGUGUGUGUGAACUGUGCUAAUGUAGGGGCUACGGGCUCUGCAUUUUUUUUUAAUGCCAUGUGGGACUGGUGCGAUGAAAGUAGCUUGUCAUUUCUUGAGGUGCAAAUAGACAUACUGCUUAAAGGGACACGUGGAGCUCUAAGACUGAGUGAAAGAAAAUGUAUAUGUAAAUGCUUUUUUGUAUAUUCCAGAUAAUUUAUAUUUAAGUGGAACACAUCAAACUUUCCUACAAAACUCAUCUCUGUUUUUAUCUAACAAACAGAAUAGACGUUUCUUAGCUUACCGUGGCUCUGCAUGUGGAUGUACUAUUUCCAUUCUUGAUUCAUUAGGUACUAACCAAUGAACUUUUGACGAAAUGAUACAAAUACAGUCAUCCAUUUCUGAAGAUUUGUGUAUCGGUGUGUCAUAGCCAGAAUGCUCUUUCUCUAAGCAGUGCUUUCCAACAAACUUCUUUGGUUUUAUCGGAGCUCCAUUUAUUAAACCGCAUAACUUUUCCCUCCAAGGUUCUCUGUUUAUACUGGAUCACAAAAUAAACGACAUUUAUAAAAAUGAUCACGCACGUUUUGUUUGGGUGCAUUAUCUGUGACUGAGAGUAAAAUGUGAUUAUAAAGUUCUCAAUGAUGGUUCAACCAAACAUUUUGUCAUUUGCUCAAUCUCAUGUCAUUCCAAACCCAUGUGACUAUUGUGUCUCUUCAUGCAGGACAAGUAAAGCAACUUAAAAGUUAUCCAUAUGACUAGUGCACUAUAUUCUGUUUUUGAAGCUUUGUGUGAGGAAUAGGCCAAAAUUCAAGUUAUUUACAGAUAAGCUUCCUUUCUUAAAGGGAUAGUUCACCCAGAAAUGAAAAUUCAGCCUCAUAUCGUUCCAAAUCUGUAUGAAAUUCUUUCUUCUGCAGAACAUAAAAGAUAUUUUGAAGAAUGUUGUCGGUAACUAAACAGUUUUGAGGACCAUAAACUUCCAUUGUAUGGACAAAAAAAACAUACAUUUCACAAAAUAUCUUUUAUGUUUCACAAAAGAAAGAAAGCCAUGCAGGUUCGAAACAUGAAGUUGAGUAAAUGACAGACUUCAUUUUUGGGUGAACUGUUGCUUUAAACCUCAUUUGCAUUUAAACAUGUACACAAACCAUAACAUGACGCCAAAUCACGAUCAGUUGUGAUCCAGUAACCUUUGUAAGCUCGAUUCCACCUCAUAGUAAAAGGUAAAGUUUAAAUUUACAUUUUGAUGUCAGUCACGAGAAAAUCCACGUUCUGAGUUCUGAACUUGUAUCAACAAUCUCAGACGUUCCUGAUUCAAAGCUCUAUUGUAGCGCGCGAAUAUAAGGCACGACUAGUGCUAUGAACUACUUUAUUUUCUUUAAUUGGGAGCCUGGCAGCACCUGGUCACUGUCAUUGUAUGUAAAUGAGAAGGCUCAAAAGUGUGGAUAACUAAAUUUGUGUUCCAAAGGAAGAAAGACUGGGAUACACGACUUGCCCAGAUACAAUCUAGAAGAGUCGACGCUAGUCCCACAAAUCAGAGCACAGUCUACAGAUUUUGGGAAGCUGGAGUUGACGUCGGGCACAGACGCCAUUUUUUAUUUUUAUUUUUGUUUUUUAUCAUCAGAAUAUGAUUCCAUCCAACCAGAGGAUAUCGAACAUAUUUGAUGUUAUGAGCCAAUUUUAGAACAAAUUGUUUUUAGUCGUCAUGCGCUUCCCAAGAACAAGGCGCUUUUUCCUCACGUUCAGAACAAUUUGAAAGUCGGGCUCGUAGCAUAAAGACGCGCUCUUCUGACAAACUGGCUGUAAAUCAAAGUGUAAUCGGUCUUACGUUUGGGAUUCAAAAUAGGCAAAACUACUUUUUUACGUAACACUGAAAUAAGAGUUAUGACCAGUCCUAACGAAAAAAAAUAUAGAUGACCAAUAUAGAAGACUAUGCAGUUUAUGCAACAGCCACUGAUAGUGUGUGAUCCUCAGUCGUUUACUGUAUAGUCUUUAAUGAUGCUCAGUUUGCAUAGGCGGCAAGUAUAUGAUGAUGUUUAGUGCUGUAAAAUCGGUUGUGUAUUCCAGCCUUUAUUAGUGCGAUGGGGAUAAAUGUAAAUGGUGACAAUUUUCAUUUUUGGGUGAACAAACAAACUCUUUAAUAAAAAAGUAAACAAAUGAAGAAGACUGUCACCAUAUUACAUUACAGGUUAGUUUGAAGCAACAUGAACAUGAUAUCAUGCAGUUCUCCUGGAAUUGUGAUGCAGUACACUAGAAUGUCCACUACAUGGUGUGUAAGGCAUCUUCUGUGUAGACCAAGACUGUUUUGACCUCGACUGUACAAAUAGUACAUUUUAUAAAGUGAGGUUUCUAGUGUGAUUACCACCCUAAGAUAGGAACAUUUCCAGACAAAUUAUUUAUUGUUACAUCAAUAAACAGUAUGAUCCCAACAA